AUGGCAGACUACCAACCUCCCGCACCCACGCUACAGGAGCAGGAUCUCAAAGGCAAAGUUGCCAUUGUCACGGGCGCAUCAAAAGGCAUAGGUCGCGCUAUAGCCCUAUCUCUCGCAACACGCGGCUGUUCCAUCCUAGGAACUUAUUCGUCCACCCAAUCCGCUCAUAUCUUCGACACUCUCUCAAGCACAGUUCACAACCUCUACGCUGCCACCGAAAGCAAAGGUCCGACUAUGCGAGGCGUAGCCGCAGACAUAACAUCAGUUUCAUCUGUCAACACUCUCCUCACAGCCUUAGCCAACCACUUUCCCGGCCAGAAACUCAGCAUACUCAUCUUCAAUGCCUCACACAACACGCGGCCUAGACUGGGCAGCGCAAGCGAAGAUGAUGUCACCAAAUCUUUGACGGGUAACUUGCACUGGCCGAUCAUGCUCAUGGAGAAUUUGGUCCGACAAAGCCUCUUCACGACGCAUAGCCGCGUCGUAGUCAUCUCUUCCGACCGCGUACGGGACCCAUCUCCCGGAUCUGGACUAUUCAAUGCAACGCGCACGGCUAUGGAAUCGCUAGUACGCUCGUGGGCCAUCGAGUUGCCGCACAGUUUCCCAGGCACAACGGUAAAUGCCGUGUCCGUUGGUCUGACGGAUACACCUGGACUGCGCGCCUUUCCUGCCGAAGCCGUGCAGGCGUUGAAGGAUCAGAGGGUGCCGAAGGUCAAAGUUGUUGAGGGAGGGAGAAUGGGUCAGGCAGAGGAUGUGGCGGAUGUUGUGGGGUUCCUGGUCAGUGAGAAGAGCAGGUGGGUUACUGGGAGUGUGAUUGCGGCGAAUGGAGGGGCUGAGUGGAUUGGGGGAAGUUCGUAG